AUGACCCAAUUUUCGUCCUUUUUGGAGAUGGCGACUACAAGGAGGCAGAGCAAUGCAGAAAGAGAAAAAUGGAGGACUAAAUGCUGCGAGGCGUUAUGCAGUCACAUAAAUUCAAGGUUAAGUCUUAGCCUUGAGCCAUCCCAAGUCAGGCUGCUACCUGUUCGAGAAGAUCCAUAUCGUUGGUCUAUCGUCCCUGGUAAGGAGUACCUGUUUGAAAAGAACCUCAGCGACCAGUCCACCAAGAUAUAUAAAGAUCUUUAUCAGGGGAUCAACAAGGACUUCAAAGCCACGAAACCGCCUCCAUCACUAUUAGACAAGCUGCCGCAAAGAGACAAUGCUAGCACACCUCAUCAAACAACUAUCCGAGUCACAUCACAGAUCAAUGAAUUGCAGGUGCAGAAGGAUUAUGCCCUUCAGAGAAUAAAACUACUAGAAAGUCAGCUCCAGGAGGAGUUAAAACGCAGGGUAGGUCUGGAAGAGAAGCUCCAGGUAGCACAUGAAAGACAACAGUGCUUAAUGAGAGAGCUGCAAAAGGCAGAAAGACGAGAAACAUACUUUCGGAAUGCAGCACUUGACUAUUCCCAGGAGAUAGCGAAGGUUGCACCGGCUUUAAGGAAGUUAACUGAGAAGACGUAUUUCACAGACGAUGGAUUUAUUUGA